AUGUGGUUGACUUGUAACAAGCCCUCUGAGAAACCAGAGUAUUAUGAGCUAAUGGUGUUCCGAAGCUUUGUGCUGGGAUACCAUAUUCUGGGAGGAGGGCUCAAACUCUUUGUACCAGAGUUGGAUGAUGAAGAUCAUGAAAGUGCAGCACGGUCUUGUACUGGAGAGGAAUCGUUGCCACCAAAAAAAAGGAGGUUUGGACUGCGUAUUGCUCUGCAGUUUCCCACCAAGAAGUGUGAGAGCAAGGACAAGAACGCUUCCAAAAUAAAAGCAGGAAGAAAGAAAAUGCCUGCUAAAAGGAAAGCUCCAACAACUGGGGAAAAAAUGGAUGCUGAGUCUGAUUCUGAAGGAGAAAAUGACCAGCCAAACAUGGAAGACUCCAAUGCUCUUCUUAAACGGGCCAUGAAUAUUAAAGAAAACAAGGCCGUGCUGGCCCAGCUACUUGCAGAACUCCAUUCUGUUCCUGACCUGUUUCCAAUGAAACCUACUCCUCCUCCUUCAAAGCAAAAGAAGACAAGCCGUAGAACCUUUUCUGAGGGUCCAGUUGAAAGACGCACUAAUCCCACGAGAAGUGCACGACCACCAGAGAACUUUGCCCUGGAAACUUUUACCGCUUCCGCCAUGCAGUUCGCAGAGCAUCUCCAGAAAUAUGGGAAGAAGGCUUUUCACAGGCGUCCUUUGAGUGAAGAGGAAAAAGAAGAGAUUCGGAAGAGGCGGAGGUCAUCAAAAGGCAACAACUACCGUCCAGUAGAGGAUAUCACAGAGGAUGAGCUGGCGAAUGUCGCAGAUACCGUUAAAGACAAAGUUUAUGACAAAAUACUGGGUAAUACUUGUCAUCAGUGUCGCCAAAAAACAGUAGACACAAAAACCUUCUGCCGCAAUCCUGGCUGUGGCGGAGUCAGAGGCCAGUUCUGUGGGCCCUGUUUACGAAAUCGCUAUGGAGAAGAUGUGAGAGAGGCACUUCUAGACCCUGAUUGGAUAUGUCCUCCAUGUCGCGAGAUCUGCAACUGUAGCUACUGUCGCAAAAGAGAUGGUCGAUGUGCCACAGGGAUGCUCAUUCACCUGGCCAAAUUUUCUGGUCAUGACAAUGUCAAAGAAUAUCUGGAGAGCUUACAAAAGCGAUUGGCGGAGAACGAGUGAAGAGGAAUUUCAGGAGGCUUUUCAUAGAAGAAUGGAUUUGUACAUCCCAUAAACGCAUCUGCAUUGUGCCAGAAUGUAGAUUCUCUUGUCAUUCUAUUCCCUAAGCUCCUAAUCUCACUCUCUACCUAACGCUAACCUGUGCAUAAAAAAAAGCUUCCAUUUG